ACACUUCAGUCAUACGAUCCUUAGAGUCCAGUAAAAUUGACAAAUCCAAUGAAGUUAACACAUGUUCCAUUGAUACAAGCAAUAACAACAACGCACAAGAAAAUACAGAUGAAGAGCUUAUAAUCGCCUUAGAAUCAGAUGAAAUAAACACUUUAUCAAUAGAUGAUGAAUUUAUAAUCGUCUUAGAAUUAGAUGAAAUAAACAUUUUAUCAAAAGAUGAAGGGCAUGUAGUCACUUUAGAAUCAGAUCAAAUAAACACCUUGUCAAAGGAUGAAGAGCUUGUAAUCAGCAUAGAAUCGGAUGAAAUUAUCACAAGUUUUGCAGAUACUAACAACAAUAAUGAUAUAUAA